AAAACAUGUUUUUAUUUGUUGUUGAGGUAGAACAUGCAACAUUACAUGCUUAUUUAAUUAUUUAUCUAUUUACUCUAUAUAUUAUGUCAUUAUUUUCAGCUUCAGUUUCAUUCGUUGUUUAAUUAGUUUUGCACUUUAAACCCAAUAAAUACCUACUUGCAGUUCACCCACAGAAACUUUCAAAUGUUUGGUAGAAGAAAGUUUUUCUCAUUUUUAUUAUGUUCAAUGAUUUUGGGGUCGUUUGGAGCUUUAAAAGUGGGAGAUUACGAUUUGAGACUGGAUCAUAUCGACUACUGUGAUAGAAAUGUGAAACAGAGAUUCCUCUCAAAUAUGAGAGUAGAGAAACUUAAUAGAACUCAUUUCACUUAUUCAGGAUUCGUCGAUACAUUGGUUGAUAUAGAUGAGAACACAAAGGUUAGAGCUCAUGUACUGUUAAAACAGACUAAUGGACGUUUCAGUACAGUAAUUGACGUUAAAUAUAAGGCAUGUGAUAUACUGUCAACUUUCACCUUGGAAAUAAUGGAAAGCGUUUUUGAACACUGCAACACCACAUUCGAAUGUCCUAUGAAGAGAUGGACAUGUGAGAUGAAGAAAUGGAUAGUAAAUGUAAAUUUCCAGAAUAUUCCAGCUCUGCCUUACGGUGAUUAUAGACUAGACUGGUACGGUCUAAGACGCCUGUCAUUGGCUAAGGAGGAAACACUAUUUUGUAUACGAAUUUAUGGCUCCGUCCACCCCAAGUAUAAACAUAGACCACAAGGAAACAUAUCAAAAAAUUAUAAUGUCACUGCACUAAUGUCACAGAUAUAAUCUCAUAAACAGCACUGAUUUAUUACCUAUAAACCUGACGAGACAUUAUUCUGUGUUUGAAUCUAUGGAUUCGUCUAUCCCAAAUACCAAUUAUAAAGCACGAGAAAACAUCUCGAAGAGUAUUAUCAUGUAACAUAUUUUGAUCUAUUUUCAAUAUAAAUAUAUAGAAGCGAAA